CAAUAAUCGUGCAGAAAUCCAAUAACGCCACGCCUACUAAACAUGUUUGACCUCCCUCAACGUCCAUUUCGCCGUCACCGAGCACUACUCAGUAUUACGAGCCUCUCGGUAUUUACUGAAUCAUGUGAUGUGGGGACUGGCCACUGGUAAGCAAUGCAUAACUAAGACAACCAAAAAUAGUUGCCAUACCUGUUACCAAGUUCGACUACCUACCCUUCCACUUUUCUUGCUCUCUUUCUCUGAAGGUUGCUUCACUUUCCAAUCCAUCCAUUAUAAUUCGUGGUGACGAUACCUCUGCAAUGUCAUUGCAGUGGCCUUGGCACUUUGUUUCGGUUUCUCCCACGGAGAAACAACAUCGCCGCGAGCUUCUAGAUCUUCGCGGAUAUUAUGCACAAUGCUCGUUCUUACUUCUGAUAAUACUUGUACGGGUAUAUAACAGCUACUUUCGAACUGCUGAUAAACCGAAUGACUCCCGCACCCGCCGUAGGCAGAGGUCGUGGUGGGAUCUGCCCCCUUUUGCAAACUGGACAGAGACGCGUAAGCAGUAUACUAUCUGUAUUGCCUGGUUGGUGUGCCUGUUAGGCCUCGCAGUAUGGAAUUCUGGCAAUGACUACCUACAUCUCACCAAAGCCCUAGGUCACGUAGCUCUUUCCCAGCUACCCUUCCAAGUUCUCAUGGCUCCGGCGUUCUAUCUCAACCCCAACGGCCCAGCCACGCCAUCCACGAUGUCCAUCUUGACAUCUAUUUCGCAACCAGCACUGACUCCAUACCACCGCCUUUUCGGCAGGAUAGUCAUGUCCCCAUUACUAGCCGGACAUGCCGCGUUAUACCUAAACUUCUUCGCCCAGUCUAGUCAUCCAGAUUUCGGCUCUUUGCUCGCAAAGCGGAUCCAAGAUCCGGACGUUCAGUGGGGAUUUGGCGGUCUGACUUUCGCAGUCAUGAUCCUGUUGUUUGUCCGGCCAUUGCGUACUGCCUUCUGGGUGCAAUUGUGGCCAUCCUCUUCUGUUAAGGCUAGGAGGGAGGUGUUUUACUAUAUGCACGUUUCGCUAGUGGCGUUGUUGUGUGUUGCGGCGUAUUUCCAUGUGGCUCAGGCACAGAUCUUCGUGAUUGAGGCUUUGGGUGCUUCAGCUCUCAACGGGGUGUGUGGUUUGCUGCUGGGGUAGAUGACACAUCUUAUGAUGUGUCUAUGGUAUUUUGCGAGCUUGGUUGCAUGUGUAAUAUAUGAGAAUGGUGCCUGAGGAAUAGACUCUUUGGUUCAUGGGAAACUGUGGAAGUUGUAGGUUGAGUGAGGAUGCUGCCGGGGAGGAUGGACGAUCCAGCCGUUGAGGUGCCUCAAGGAUCAACAAAUCUAGUUUAGAUCCUAGGGAAGCGACCGUUAAUAUCUGGUCUGUUCGAGAGGUUAAUUACAAUAUAAGUGGUAGUAUGCAC